AUGCAAUCAACGGAUUUGAACAACUUUUUAAAUACAGAUGAUCAAAGUGUAAAUAUAAUAACAGAUUCAAUAACAUCUGAUAUCAAUAGUAAUAAUAGUUUAUCAAAAGAGUUUCAUGUACCUAUAAUACAACCUGUUACAACCAAACAACCUUUAUUAGGUCCUGAAGGUGGAAUUGAAAAUCAACCAGCACAAGCAGUAACAUCGGCAUGGAAAGAGAAGGAAUUGGGCAUCUUGCGAUUCGAAGUGAUAACAAACGAUAGUUCACUGCGAAAUCUAGAGUUGCUAAUGAAUCUAAAGAAUUCACAUCCAGAGGCGUGGCCAUUCCUGCAGCCCGUCUCCAUAGACGUGGCACCAAACUACUACGAGGUCAUCAAAGAUCCAGUCGAUAUCUCAAAGGUGGAACAACGACUCUCUACUGGCACCUACUACAUCACCAAAUACAUGUUCAUAGCAGAUCUCAAGAGAAUGUGUGAGAACUGUCGGCAGUUCAACGGUGAAGGUUCCUACUUCCACAUAGCCAACAGACUUGAACAAUUUAUAAUACAACAAUGUCAAUCACUACCUUAA